AUGAAGCGGAAACAGGGAGACAUAUCCUCGGACGAAGAUCCACUGCAGUCUGAAGUGUCUACACCCCAGAAACGAAGACAGACGUCUCGACAGAACGGCGCAUUGAACGGAACUCCUACGAAGCACAAUGCUCCAGACACGCCGUCUAGUCGACUGCGAACGCGAUUUUCCAAGCAAACGCCAACAAAGAGCGUAGACUUUGCAGCGGAUCUGGUUUCGCCAUUAAAAACUCCAACCGCGAGAGCACUGUUUAAAACACCCACGAAGGCUAGGAAAGCUGAGCGAGGUACGCCGAAUGGAACACCGUCACGAAUCCAGAAUGCCGACCGGUCAGCAAAGAGGAAAAGCGCCAGGAUACUUGUUGACCCCAAUGAUGAUGAUAUAUGGGAUGGUGGUGAUGCUCUAGCGCGAGAAAUCUGGGACGUACCAUCCGAUAGCAACGCGACACCGAAGGCCAAGAGUGCUGCUAGAGGCCGCGAAACAAUUGUACCAGAAGAGCCAGAGCCUAAACCGGAAACCGUACCUAAUGAGCCUCCUGUAACUCCCCGAAAGCGAGGACGGCCACCAAAGGUGAGGGGACCUGAUGAUCCGCCGCCAAAAACACCAAGGACACCGAAGACACCAAGAAAGAACGAGCGCGUUGCAACCCCGGAAGGAGAGCUACCACCACAGGAGAAAUACUUUUUCCAAAGUCGAACGGGCCCGGUACAGUCAUCUAAUAACACGAUGACCAAGUCGUCCCUAUUUACGCAUGAAGAAUUCUUCGAACAGCUCGGGAAAUACAGGGAUCCAUUGCAGGAUGAGAAAGAAUAUUUAUUGGAACUUCACGAGCGGUCAUUCUCACAAUGGAAUUUUGAAAUGAGCGAGGGGUUUAACGUGUGCAUAUAUGGAUAUGGGUCUAAGAGGAAACUUGUCCAAAGAUAUGCGGAUUGGUUAUAUGAACAUUACGAUGAACCGCCAUCGAUCGUGAUUGUUAAUGGGUAUACGCCUAACAUAACGGUUCGAUCUAUAUUGGCAACGAUCGCUACAGCUAUACUGGGUCCAGAAGAUACCUCGAAACUCGGGGUGCAACCAAACGAUGUGCUAGAAUCCAUUCGUUCGGCUCUCAAAAGGAACCCGCCUGCGCAACCUAUAACGGUUCUCAUCAAUUCGAUUGAUGCGCCGCCAUUGCGCCGCGCGCAGCAACAAUCACACCUAGCCAAACUCGCGGAUAUACCCCAUAUAAACGUUCUAGCAACUGCGGACAUGCCCAAUUUCCUAGUAUUAUGGGAUAUCACGCUCCACAAUCAGUUCAACUUUGUCUUUCAUGACUGCACCACGUUUGCUGCUUAUAAGGUCGAACUUAACGUUGUGGACGAGGUGCACAGUCUGCUCGGGCGUAAGGUCCGACGUGUGGGUGGUAAACAGGGUGUUGGGUUCGUCCUGAAAAGUUUGCCAGAAAAUACACGGAAGUUGUAUCGCCUGUUGAUUACAGAAAUUCUCAUGAUACUAGGAGAUCAACAGCUAGAUAUUGAGGAAGAGGAAGACAUUCAGAACGAGGCUGAUGGCCUAGAAGAAAAUGACAGCCGUAGUAAAAAAGAGGCAGCAAUUGAAUGGCGAACGCUAUUCCACAAGGCUUCAGAGGAGUUUAUCUCUUCAUCUGAGAUGAUGUUCAGGACGCAACUCAAGGAGUUCUAUGAUCAUCAGAUGAUCGCGUCAAGGCUAGAUCCGAGUGGUGUGGAGCUACUUGGUGUUCCACUCUCGCGAGAGGAGAUGGAGAGCAUAUUAGAAGAUCUUGUCAUUGACGGAUGA